AGAAGAAGAACGACGAAGACGGAAGUCAAUAUAAUCCGCAGUUCAUCCACCUCGCCGCACUCACCCACGGAGAAAGCAAGGACAUGGGGCUAGUUCAGCUAGUGUCAUAAUUAAAGUAGCUAGGAGCGCAGUGCGUUAGUUUUCCGUUAGUUUGACCGACUAAACGCCGUUAUCAGAGCCAGGAGCAUGGCGUUAAUCCUGUUGACGAGGUCUCGCACUCCGCUGAUGAAAACAUCUCGCUCGUUAAAGAGCGAUUUCCGCAACGGGAAGCUUCAAGAUGGCUCCUGUUUCAGCUGUACAUCUCUCAGACUCUCCAGUCAAAGUAGACUGGAUGGUGAUAGGCUGGUGGUCCGAGGUGGGAGCUUGGCUCCGCCCUCCUUCCUAGGCCCCUCGCUGCAUAUGUCAUCAGACAGCUACAGGGUUCCAGGCCACGCCACAGACCACGCCCCUUCUAUGAGGCUGUACUCUGCUGUAGUGGAAGGCUCCUCCACCACCUCUUCUCUGUACCACCUGGGAGGUGGGUACCCACAGUGGACAGCAUCCUGGCGAGGGAGGGGGAACGUGGUCGGGGUACGGUGGAUCCACACCUCCAGAUGUCUCCUUGACGACUCUAAAGUAGAGAAGUCUCUCCGCUCUCUGAAGGAUAAGAACAAGAAGCUAGAGGAGGGCGGGCCGGUGUACAGUCCUACAGUAGACCAUACCAUAGUCAGGAGAACUAUAGGACAACGUGUUCUAGACGAGGUUAAACACUACUACCACGGCUUCCGACUGCUGUGGAUCGACACUACCAUCGCUGGACGCAUGCUGUGGCAGAUCCUCAACGGGCACCCCCUGUCCCGACGGGAGAGGAGACAGUUCCUAAGAACUUGUGCCGAUGUCUUUCGACUCCUUCCCUUCCUGGUGUUCAUCAUUGUGCCAUUCAUGGAGUUCCUGCUUCCUGUGGCACUGAAGCUCUUCCCCAACAUGCUGCCCUCAACCUUUGAGACGCAGUCCAAGAAGGAGGAGAGGCUGAAGACGGAGCUGCGUGUGAAGCUGGAGAUGGCUAAAUUCCUCCAGGACACUGUAGAGGAGAUCGCUCUGAGGAACAAGGUUGCCAAGGGAAACGUCACUGAGGAGUUCUCUACUUUCUUUCAGAAGAUCCGUGACUCAGGGGAGCGUCCCAGUAAUGAGCAGAUCAUCAGGUUCUCUAAGCUGUUUGAAGAUGAGUUGACUCUGGACAACCUGACUCGUCCUCAGCUGGUUGCUCUGUGUCGUCUGUUGGAGCUACAGUCUAUAGGAACCAACAACUUCCUUCGCUUUCAACUCAUCAUGAAGCUACGAGCCAUCCGCGCUGACGACAAGUUGAUAGCUGAAGAGGGGGUGGACACUCUGAGUGUGAAUGAGCUCCAGGCAGCCUGUCGAGUCAGAGGGAUGAGAGCUCUGGGAGUCACAGAGGAGAGGCUGAGAGAACAACUCCAGCAGUGGUUGGAGCUGCACCUGAACCAGCACAUCCCCACCUCACUCCUCCUCCUCUCCAGAGCCAUGUUCCUCCCGGAUACUCUCUCUCCUGCAGACCAGCUCAAGACCACCCUGCAGAAUCUGCCUGACAUAGUGGCUAAGGAGGCCCAGGUUAAGGUGGCUGAGAUGGAGCUGUCCCAGGUAGACAAUAAGACCAAGCUGGAAGCCACGCUGCAGGAGGAGGCUGCGAUACGGCAGGAUAACCAGGACCGAGAGAUGGAGAGGCUGGCGGACGCAGCAGAGAGGACAGAGAACUCCCUCACUAGUGUGGACAUGGCUGUACACUCAGAGACACUACGAGACACAGCGCCUGUCCUAGAGGGCAUCAAGGGAGAGGAGAUCACUAAGGAAGAGAUAGACAUGUUGAGUGAUGCAUGUACCCAGCUGAAGGAACAGAAGAAGUUACUCACUCUGGAAAAGGAGGAGCUAGAGGACCUGAAAGAUGACGUGCAGGAGUACAGCGAGGACCUAAAGGAGAUGAAGAAGGAGUUAUCUAAGACUGGCCAGGAGAAGGCCGUGCAGGAGAGUAAGGCCUCUCAGCGGCUCUCUAAGAGGGUCAACAGGAUGAUCAGCAGGAUAGGCAAGAUCAUCACAGAGCUGGAGCAGGACAAGGUGGUCCUCGACGGACAGAUGGACAGACCGUCCACUCCUCCUAUUGGCCUUCUGUUUACCUUUAGGGAGAACCUGAUCAGUAUCAACGAGCUCAUCACUGUCAUGAGGCAGAUCCAGAACAUUCCAGAGCACAAGCUGCAGAGCAUCGCUGACGCUCUCGAUGACAACAAGGACGGGAAGAUCGACAUUGAUGAUGUCAUCAAGUUGGUGGAGUUGAUUGACAAGGAGGACAUUGACAUCAACACCAGCCAGGUAGCAGAAAUCAUGGUGAUGCUGCAGAAGGAGGAGAAGCUGCAAGAGAAGGAGAAGGCCCAGAAGGAGCAGGCUGCUAAGUUAAAUAACUAGCCCACAGAAGAGGCUCUGCUUGGGGGAGGAAACCGCAUCCGAGAUGACGUAACUGGAGCUCAUCUCUGGACCCCAGACCUCCGUAUACCCUGACCAGUCGACCGGCACCAUGAGCUACCACCCACCCACUAUAAAGUUUCUUCCAAUACAAUUAGAGGCUGCAUUUUUGUUCAGAAAUCUGUUUCAGAAAGGCUUUUGUGCCCUUAUGAACAUUAUUUCAACUUAUCCCAAAGUACCCAAAAAUUAUACUCAAACAACAUAGUCUUAGAAACAAAUGAUGUUUCUGGGACCCAAGCUAUCUAUCUAAUGGUAGUACUGGGACCCAAGCUAGCUAUCUAAUGGUAGUACUGGGACCCAAGCUAGCUAUCUAAUGGUAGUACUGGGACCCAAGCUAGCUAUCUAAUGGUAGUACUGGGACCCAAGCUAGCUAUCUCAUGGUAGUACUGGGACCCAAGCUAGCUAUCUCAUGGUAGUACUGGGACCCAAGCUAGCUAUCUCAUGGUAGUACUGGGACCCAAGCUAGCUAUCUCAUGGUAGUACUGGGACCCAAGCUAGCUAUCUCAUGGUAGUACUGGGACCCAAGCUAGCUAUCUCAUGGUAGUACUGGGACCCAAGCUAGCUAUCUCAUGGUAGUACUGGGACCCAAGCUAGCUAUCUAAUGGUAGUACUGGGACCCAAGCUAGCUAUCUAAUGGUAGUACUGGGACCCAAGCUAGCUAUCUCAUGGUAGUACUGGGACCCAAGCUAGCUAUCUCAUGGUAGUACUGGGACCCAAGCUAGCUAUCUCAUGGUAGUACUGGGACCCAAGCUAGCUAUCUCAUGGUAGUACUGGGACCCAAGCUAGCUAUCUCAUGGUAGUACUGGGACCCAAGCUAGCUAUCUCAUGGUAGUACUGGGACCCAAGCUAGCUAUCUCAUGGUAGUACUGGGACCCAAGCUAGCUAUCUCAUGGUAGUACUGGGACCCAAGCUAGCUAUCUCAUGGUAGUACUGGGACCCAAGCUAGCUAUCUCAUGGUAGUACUGGGACCCAAGCUAGCUAUCUCAUGGUAGUACUGGGACCCAAGCUAGCUAUCUCAUGGUAGUACUGGGACCCAAGCUAGCUAUCUCAUGGUAGUACUGGGACCCAAGCUAGCUAUCUCAUGGUAGUACUGGGUUAGAUAUGCUUUAACUCAUUCCAGGGAGGGGCGAGUGUCUGGGUUUCCGCUCCACACUAUUUAAUAAGGAACUCGCCUCACCUGGGUGUCUAGGUCUUCAUUGAAAGGACAAACCAGAAACCUGCAGACACUCUACCUUUACGUGGAAUGAGUUUGACACCCCUGAUCUAGGCCUUCAACAGGUACGAAAUAAGGCCGAGGCAACAAUGAUAUGAUAUAACAGAGUCUCCUAUCUCACAGCUACAGUUUACAAAACAUUAAGGACACCAUCCUGAUAUGGCGUUCCACCCCCUUUAGCUCUCAGAACAGCCUCAAUUUGGCAUGGCAUUGACUCUACAAGGUGUCCAAAGCUUUCCACAGGGAUGCUGGCCGUUGUUGACUCUACAAGGUGUCCAAAGCUUUCCACAGGGAUGCUGGCCGUUGUUGACUCCAAUGCUUCCCAUAAUUGUGUUAAUUCGUCUGCAUGUCCUUUGGGUGGUGGACCAAUCUUGAUACACGCGUGAAACUCAGCAGCGUUUCGGUUCUUGACACAAACCGCUGCUUCUGGCACCUACUACCAUACCCCGUUCAAAGACGCCUACUACCAUACCCCGUUCAAAGACACCUACUACCAUACCCCGUUCAAAGACACCUACUACCAUACCCC